AUGGACCUUUCUGGUUGCUAUGAUCUCAACAAGUUGCCGAGAGGCAUAGCUAGGAUAUCUAAGCUAAGACAUUUAAUCUUAAAUGGUUGUGAUAGGCUCCGCAAAAUACCACCAUUGAUUGGAAAACUGGUAUAUCUCCGAACAUUGUCUAUGUUUGUUGUGGGAAGGGAGAUAGGUGAAAGCAUUAGAGAGCUCGAAAAUUUGAACCUUGGAGGGCAACUAACUAUUAGAUGCUUGGAGAAUGUAAGGGAGGCAGCAGAAGCAAUUAAAGCUGACUUGAUUGGGAAGAGAAACCUCCAGUCGCUAUCUCUAUCUUGGGGAAAUGAUAAUGGAGUUACAGGCAGUGCUAACAAUGGCCAAGUAGAGCAAGUGCUCAAUUAUCUCCAGCCACACAAAUAUCUAAAGAAGCUGUCUAUAGAUGGCUACCAAGGAUUGCAUUUUCCGGGAUGGAUGGCAUUUUGUAAUCUCCCAAAUCUAACUGAGCUUGUCUUGAUGAACUGCAGAAGAUGUAAAGAUCUUCCCGCACUGGGUCAGCUUCCCUUCCUCAAGGUCCUUUACUUACAAGGAAUGGAUGCUGUGACAAGUAUCGGAAGUCAGUUCUAUGGUCAGUCGGAGAAAGCAUUCCCGUCGUUAGAAGAGCUAUCCCUCGUAGAUUUUCCUAAUUUAGAAACCUGGAGGAGCUUUAAUAGGAGAGAAGAUUUCCCUUCUCUUGCUAAAUUAGUCAUCAAUAAAUGUUUUAAGCUGAGAAACAUGCCAUACUUCCCAUGUGUUCAACAUCUAGAACUACGUAGUUGUGACAAUAUGGUACUAGAGUCGGCAUCAGAACUAACCUCCAUCACAGUUCUAGUCAUUGAUAAAUUCGCAGAGUUGGUUUUCUUGGAGAAUUUGCUUCAAAGCAACAAUCUUCUUACAUCUCUAAUGAUUAGUUCCUGUCCAAAGCUUUGCUCCAUCUCCCCCAGUUUAGCCGAGCUAAAAAAUCUGAAGUCGUUAGCAGUUCGAUGGUGUAAGGAGCUCCAUUCUUUGCCUCACGGUUUGCAGAAUCUCGCUUCCUUAGAAUCCUUGGAGAUAGUUGAGUGCCAUAGUCUUGUUUCCUUGCCAGAGGGCAUACAAGGUCUAAGAUCUCUUCGAUAUUUGUCCAUUGAGAAUUGCAAUAAUCUCACAUCUUUGCCACUUGAACUUCAAUUUCCUGCUUCACUUGAGCAUCUAACUGUCAUGUACUGUCCACAACUGGCUUCGAUGCCGGAUGAUUUUCAACAUCCAUCUGCUCUUAGAAGUCUGUCCCUUUUAAAUCUUCCAAAGCUGUCAUCUCUUCCACAGGGCCUACAAUAUGUUACUACAUUGCAAAAUUUGGAAAUUCGUGGCUGUCCUACUUUGAAAGCUUUGCCAGAGUGGUUAGUGAACCUUACCUUGCUCCGAUCAUUGGCAUUGUCAGAAUGUCAAAAUUUAAAAUCUCUGCCUGAAGGAUUGCAGCGUUUAAGUUCACUUCAGCAUCUGUCGAUUCAAGAAUGUCCUGUGCUGGAGGAAAGGUGCAGAAGGGAUGUUGGUGAGGAUUGGCCAAAAAUAGCAAGCAUCGCACAUUUCUACAUGGGAUCACAAGAGCAGAGAGAUCACAAUGGCACGAGCAGUUCAACUCACCGAAAUUAA